AUGGCACAAAAUCAGGCCAAUCUAAAACGACAGCAAGAUCUUCAGCAACAAUAUACUAACUACAAGAAUAACCUUCAGCAACUUGCUCAGAAGAUCGGUGAUAUCGAGCAGGAUGCAGAAGAACAUAAGCUAGUCCUCGAAACUUUAGACCCCCUCCCCUCAGAUCGAAAAUGUUUUCGAAUGAUUAAUGGGGUUUUGGUGGAGAGGACUGUUAAGGACGUUAAGCCCGCUUUAGAAACGAACUCGGAAGGUCUGAAGAAAGUACUCGAAGAAUUAUUAAAACAAUACAAGAAGCAACAAGAUGAAAUGGAGAAAUGGAAGCCACAUCUUUUGCUUCACGGUCCGUCACACUCGGGCGUCGAACUCGGCCCAGCCCAGGGAUACAUUAUGUCUGAUUCCCCUCCCAAAGAUGGAGAGGGCGCAGGAGACGCUACACCAGACAACUCAGAUCAAAUGGACCGCGCAGAAGGGGCACAACCGCCCGAAACAUAUGAUUUCGACGUAAAGGAACAGGAUAGGUGGCUACCGAUAGCAAAUGGUUGGUCUGCAAAAUCUCCUAAUUGUCAAUUUCCCUUUGCGGCAGUCCGUCUUGUAUGA